UACCGAUGAUAUGAACGAGGAAGGAUUGACAAACAACAUCAAUAUUCUGUCAAUUACUUCUAUUAAGUGCGCAGCUCAUACCCUUCAACUAGCUGUGAAAGAUUUUUUGGUGGACGUUCCUUGUGGCGGAGUAAUUGAACGAUCAAGGAAAAUAAUAAAACUUUUAAGAACUCCUUCAUACAAGUAAGAAAUCGCAAACUAAAUACAUAUCAUAGUGUCAUAGUGCCUUAUUGUCCUUGUCCAGCUCAGGCAUUCAAUCAUAUUAUCGUUUUAAGCAACCAUCUGAUUUUCAGAACAACCAUCUCCCCUCAUAAAGCUUCAAAGGGCAGAAAAGGUGCCUUUUUUGCCUUACACAAGUAUGACAUUUUAAGAAACGAACACAAAAUGUUUUCACCCUUUGCCCUUAAUUUAGAAUCGAACACGAAAAGAGAAAGAGUAAUCAAAAGGCGACCUUUUUUGGUACAAACGAAAUCGCCAUUAGAUUAUUGUUUGGAUUUUCGUCGAUUUUAAAUUUGCUAUCCCAAAAUAAUUUAUAAAACACCGCUCUGAGGUAAAAUUGUCGAGUAACGACAGCCGAACUAGAAACACAAAAUUUAUUAUAUCAAUUGCAUUACGAAAAUUAUACGAAUUUUUCUAAAAGCAUUGGAAACUGACGGAAUAAUUUUUAUUCAUAUGAAUCGUUGAAUUCAUAAUAUUCCAUUUAGAUACACCAUGGCAGCUCAGGGGCUAAAUCGGCCAAUAAUAGAUGUAGUUACGAGGUGGAAUUCAACCUUCCAAAUGCUUAAAAGCCUUCUAAAAUUCAGAGAGUUUUGCGCUGAGCACAUUGAAGAUAAAUUCAAUCUAAACAUCGCUGAGUGGAGAGAUGUGGACGAAUUGGUUGCAACAUUGGAUCCAAUCUAUGAGGCAACUCUAAAACUGCAAUCCAGUCAAUUAUUUUUGGGGGAUUUUUAUAUUCUAUGGAUGCAACUUAAAUUGAAAGUUCAAGCAAAUAACAGCGAUAACAACCAAUUGUUAUUUAAGUGUUUGGAAAAACGAGAAGAGAGGCUACUGAAUAGUCCUUCAGUUCUUGCAUGUGUUUAUCUGGAUCCUCGAAUACGCCGAUUAUUAAUAAAAAAUCCUAUUAAAAUGAUGUGUGCGAAGUCCCACUUGAGGCAACUUAUUCGGCAGAUUCUUAUGUUAAAAAAGGGGUUCCCAAGUCAGGAAAAUAAUGGCAAGGGCGAAUGCGACACAUCGGAAGAUAUUUGUUUAUCGCCGUCUAUUGAAACUUCAGAUGUAAUUUGGCCGGAAACUCAGUCGCAAAGUUCAACUUCUUUGCUUGGAAACCUUCUUAAUUCAAUUGAAGUGUCUCCAUCGGAUGAAGAGUCCGACGAUCAUGCUGAAGAUAGCGAUUUGCAGAAGGCUAUUAAUGAAGUUGAAUGCUAUGCACCAAAACAAUUGGAUUUAGAUGUUCCUAUAAUGGAGUAUUGGAAAAAAAAGCAAUAUACACAUCCGUAUCUGUGGUCGCUGGCAAAAGUGGUUCACAGUACUCCAGCGACACAAGUCAGUGUGGAACGGUCUUUUUCGGCGCUAAAACUAGUUUUAAGUGACUUAAGAUGCAAUUUAUCACCCGGAAUUUUGGAAAAAAUUUUAUUUUUAAAAACAAAUAAAAUGUAAUGUAAUGGGCCGUGGUUCUGAAGUUAAAGUUCUCUUGAUUAAUUUUAAUCAAAAUAAUCCUGACAGUUGCAUGUUUCGAACUUAUUUAACAUAACUCACAAUAAGUU